GUAUAAAAACCGGCAGCGCGUCUCAGCAGGGACAGUGCAGUUCUCUCGGGUUCUCAGAGAAUACAACCAAAGCUUUCUGCUGUUCAGACGCAGGGAAACAGGAGACGUGUUUAUAUCCAUAGACUACUCUAGCAGUUCUCAGAAGGAAAUUCUGCGGAAGGAAUACCUCUCACCACAAUGUCAAUCAUGAAUGAAAACCGCUUGGCUAUCGACAUUCUCUUGUGUGUAUUCUUUGGAGCAAGUGCACUGGCAGCCUUCAAUCCAACGCUGUCUUCAUCCCUGCCAUCGACCAAUUUCACUGAUAUUGGCUCCGCGCCUCCUAAAUACCUCACCGAGGCUACAAACCUUGCCAAACCCAGACGGAAGCGUUAUAUUUCCCAGAAUGACAUGAUUGCCAUUCUUGAUUAUCAUAAUAAAGUCAGAGGAAAUGUGUCCCCCCCAGCAUCAAAUAUGGAGUAUAUGGUGUGGGAUGACACUCUUGCAAAGACAGCUGAGCAAUGGGCAUCCACAUGUAUUUGGGAGCAUGGUCCUCGCAGUCUUCUCAGAUUUCUAGGCCAGAACCUCUCAGUCCGAACAGGAAGGUAUAGGUCCAUUGUGCAGCUGAUGAAGCCCUGGUAUGAUGAAGUGAAGGAUUACUCUUUUCCCUACCCACGAGACUGCAAUCCCAGAUGUCCCCUUAAGUGCUAUGGGCCUAUGUGCACUCAUUAUACACAAAUGGUUUGGGCAACUUCAAAUAAAGUAGGAUGUGCCAUCAACACUUGCCAUAAUAUGAAUGUCUGGGGCUCAGUAUGGAAGAGAGCAACAUACUUGGUGUGCAACUAUUCUCCAAAGGGGAACUGGAUUGGUGAGGCUCCAUAUAAAGUAGGUGUUCCUUGCUCCAUGUGUCCUCCAAGCUAUGGAGGAUCAUGCAGUAACAACAUGUGCUUUCCUGCUGUAAACUCAAAUUACCUGCACUGGUUCAAAUAAACACAGACAGAAAAAUGCACAUGCCUCAUCACAGAGACACUCUCCCUGAUGGGAAUUUGCACAACAUUCCUGCAUCACCCUGUUUUGUACAUAUGGGCCAUAUACAGGACCAUAGUUGUAAGGCAGCAAGUGUUUACAUUUUUUUAAGAAAUGUGUACAUAAAUUAUUUUACAAUGUUUAAACUAUGUAUUGGAAAUACAGUUUAUUUCCAGAGAGGGACUGUACUGUGAUCAAUCGAGACAUGAUUGGUGCUUACAUUUUUCAGAGUAACUGCAGUCAGUUACCACUAUGAUAGCAUUAGACUUGACUCCCAUUAAGUGUUGUUGGCAAGUCUAACAUUUCAAAUUGUCUGUAGUCCCAAACUUGGUUUGAUGGGUGUCCAGAACACCAAACCUGUUCUAUUCUGUUGGAUUCAUAGGUAAAGACAUUGUUGAACGUGUCUGAAAGGUCAACCCUGGCUAUUCUGUUGGCUGGUUUUGGAUUCUUUUCAGCUGAAAGUCUAGUGAGACCAGCUAAGGAGACCAGCUUAAACCAGCUAAGACCAGCAAACCAGCUUAAAUAUAUAUCUUAUGUUUAAGUAAAGAUUGAUCAACUGACAUUGGAUCAAGUACUCUGCUUUGUUUUAUGUCAUAUUUAUUAACCCUGAGGGUUACGAGAAUUUUGGUGCUUCAGAUGAACUAUUAAGCUUCUCUUGAACUGGAGUGUAACACUGCCAGGGGUGGACUGGGAAGAGAAAUCAGCCCAGGAUUUUAUAUAGAAACUUGCGCUGUUCUAGUCUGCAUAUCACUGCCCCUUUUAGCAUAUUGCGGUGGCAUUUUGUGGCCCAUUCUGCAUAACGCGGCGGCUCAUUUAAGCUUAUCGCGGCCCAUUCUGCACAUUUCGCGGCCGGCCCGCCCGGUUCUACUGAUGGCCAGUUCGCCUCUGAUCGGCCCACCAGGAAAAUGCCCGGUAUGCCAGAUUACCAAUUCAGCCCUGUCCACUGAUAUGAUUUAUUCACUGCCAUCCUCAGUGACGCUUUGCUUUGGGUCUUCCUUCUUGGAAUGUGUCCAGAUGCUAAAAGCGUAAAGCCUGCAAAAGUGUGUUGGGGCUUAGAAAUUUUGAAAUGUAGAUUAGGACCCAGCAUGUUGUUAGGCAGAGCAUUGAACAAGAUGGCUAAUCAUGCUGUACCCUCAUGGAAUGUUGAUGCGGUUUAUGAAAAACAUUUUGAUAUGUAAUCGCACCUUAAAUUUUUGUUAUUUUAUUUUUAUGUAUUUGUAAUUAGAAGGCUUUUAUUGUUGGUGAUUUUAACUUUUGUACAUACAUUUAUCAUAAAGUUAGCAAUAUGGUUAGUGUAUAACAAUGGCACUCUGUUGGGGGAAAUGCAUUGCAUUGUUUUGAUGUCUUUUUGAACGGCAUCACACAAGCACUUAGGGAAUCUAGCAGGCAAUACUUUGCAGCAGUGUGCAUAUAGAGGAGGUGAUUUAUAGGGCCAUACCUUUUCCCUCUACAGAUUUAAGAUGUCCAACAUGACAUCAGUGCCAUUGUAUGACACGUUCUGUACGUGAAUUUGAAAAAUUCUCUGAAGGCUGGUUCACACUGCUCCAACUAACAUCAGCAAACACUCAACCAUUGUUGGGUUUUGUUGGAUCUGGUGUUGACUCUGUUGGCAUUUGUUUGGGGAGUGGGAAUAUGUUUCCCAGCAUUCUACAUCCAGCAGCCAACUUCAGAAUAGUUGGCAUUUGUUGGACAAAGUAAACCAGCAUUCAUGUUUUUUUUUUUUAUGAUGUCAUAAUCAGACUGUAUUUUGAAAAAAUCUUUGUAGAAC